UCUCAUCAGCCUCAGCCUCAAAUCAGGCAUUGAAGUUGUGAAGUUGUUUUUUUUGUUCUUCUUUUCUUUCAAGGCCAAACAACGGAAGCCAACACAGAGCCAAAGGGAAAGAGUUUAAAUGGCAGCAAAUUGGAAAGAGAAUGACUUUUUCUCUCAGUUUACACCCUUGAUUCGAGAUGGCAGGGCUGUAAGAGCCGAUGAUGGCUUGCUUGUGUUUGUGCGGGUAACAGAUGGUGAGUAUGUGAAAUUUCAUGACAACCAGGUGCACAUGGAUGAGCUCGACACUUACAUCCAUGAUGACAUCAUCGCCAAUGCCCCUGACAAUGUUACUGUAACUGUUGCCCAGCAACAACAACAACAGCAGCAGCAGCAGCAGCAUCAACAGUUUGAGCUGCAUUCAGUCACCCAUGGCCCCAACGUCGGACAUCAAGUAAAUCCCUCUUCCAAUGUUAUGGUGCAGAUCUCCAAUCCUUCAGGCCAGCAGCAAAUGCACUUGCUUACCCCUCAAAACAUCCAAUCCUUGCAAGGUGUGCUGCAGGUACAAGUGUCUCAGCAUCAGCAUGAGCUUCAGCAGAGUCAGCUUCAGCCCCAACACCACCAGGGCAUCAUGCAGCCCUCACAGCAACAGCAGCAUCAGCAGCAACACCAACACCAUCAACAGCAACACCAACACCAUCAACAGCACCAGCAGCACCAUCAUCAACAGCUACAACAGCAGAUUCAGCAACAGCAACAACAGCAGCAGCAGCAGCAGCAGCAAGUAGAUGCUCACUCUUUGCUGUCCUCUCAAGUUCAGCAACACUCACAAGAUUUACAACAGCUGCAGCAAUUGCACCAACAACUGCACCAUCAACAACAACAACAACAACAACAACAGCAUCAGCAGCAGCAGCAGCAGCAGCGUCAACAACAGCAGCAACAAGUUCCAAGUUUGGAAGCUCCAACUCUGAGCUCUGAUAUCAAGCCUCAUGGGAUGGAAGACAUGGACUCGUUAGAAGCGGAUUCGUCUCUGCCCGGAAAUAUCUUGUCAGUGGAACCACUGUUUGCCGAUACUGUGCCUACCAGUGAUGACCAUGACAACCGCUGCACCACCCCGGUGGACCACCACAGCAGCAGCGGCAGCAGCAACUCUGAUGUUGCCAUGACGACCAGCAUAGAGAGCCUGACUGCACCCAGCAGCACCAGUUUCGCAGCGACCUCCUCCACUGCUGUGGCUGCCAGUUUGUCAUUUCCUGGGAACGGGGUCAGGAUUUCGGCGGCCGCGGAUGUCAGCAAAGUCAGCAGCAGUGGUGGCGGGAAUGGCAAGCAUUCUGGGAAGGCAUCGUCAUCAAACCUCUUGCCGAAAAAUCUGGUGACAGAUAUGGUGUGGAUGAACAUCAAGACCCCCGAGGCCCGUCACCGGGACAAGAAGGCCACGCAAGCUCUCAUUGAGAUAGUGGCACGGCCGGACACCCAGGCCAGGCUGGCCUGUCGCUCUAACAAGAAAAAGGCGAUCUGGCAGGGCAUUGGCGAUGAGAUGGCCAGUUUGGGCUUCCAGUUUGAGAACCCUGGCGACAAGUGUUCCCAGAAGUGGCGCAACUUGGAGCGUUCCUACAAGGACUAUGAGAUCAGUCGGCAGGUCCCGGACCACGGGGCCAAGCGAGUCCCAGAUUUUUACGAGGAGCUGAAGAACAUUCUGCGAGAGAAACACGUGUAUGAGAACGUGGCCGGGAACGCAGAGGAUGAAGCUAUGACCAGCGCAAGGCUGAUGGAAGAGUAUGUUGAGAUGGAGGACAGUUGUGGUGGUGCUGGUGGGAAUAAUAACAGUGGAAAAACAGCAGCAGCAGCAGGGAGUGGCAGCCACAGCAGUAGUAGUAGCAGCUUGGGGGAUGGUGGUGAUGGUGUAGGGGCGAAUCUUUUGAGCCUGAUGGGGGUCGACGAGGAUGAUGAUGAUGUGAAGACUGUUUCCUUAUCUUCAUCGGGUAAAAAGUUUCAGGCUCCAGAAGAUUCGAACCCUUGUCUUUCAGAUGACACCUGUGCUAUGGUUAUGCAUAAUAGCUCAUUCAAACCCUAUGCCGCAGAGGAGCAGGGGAGUGGUGGUGGUGGUGGCGGAGGGGCUCAGUUGCAAAACAUAUUGCAGCAACAGGGCCCAGAACAGGCUUUGGGAGAAGGACCAUCGGACGAUUCUUUAUCCUCUAUAGUAUCACCAACAACAUCACUGGCAGGUAAUUCGAAAACAGCGCCGCCAUCUCGUGGGGAUGAUUCUCAAACUAUCGUUGGCUCGGGCAGGUCUGCACAGCGACCACGGGGAGCUAUUUCAGGAAGGUCUGUAGUGGAGGCGGCAGCAUCAUCGUCGGCGUUUUCAGCUUCGGAGGGGAGGUUUUAUUCCCGCGUGAUGUCAAAGCUGCGGUCUCAGUCCCGCCAGAUCUCGGGUCUCCGGCGGGAAGUGGGCGAGAUGAAGCAGCUGCUGCUGGAGGAGCGACGGCAGCGGGAGGCGGGCCGCGCGGAGGCCAAGCUCCGGUUUGCCCAGCUGCAGGUUCUUUUGGAGCAAGAACGACGGGAAAAGGCCAAGUUUAUGUACGACACGCUGCGCUCGCUGGAGCCCCUCAGGAGCCGAAGGGGGAGGACAUCCACCUCCAGGAAGAGCCCGGACGAGGCGGUCUAGGCAGCGAAAGCUAAUGGUGUUGUAGCUUCUAGAACAUAUCGCGACCUCAGUGCUUUCUUGUCGUAUCUCCUUUUUUUUAUAACUGAAAACAGAUCAUGACAAAGAGUGAGCUCAACCCUAUGCGAACGUCAUGUUUUAUUAUAGUAUCCAUACAACCUGGGGAACUCUGUGCCCCCACUUUCCAAAGAGAAAAUUUACUCGUUAAUCCGAUCCGUACGC